AGGACUUCUAAGAAUCACACCUAGAAGCUCUUGAUUAUCACACUCAAGAAAAGGAUCCUUUGAUAUCACGUCCAAGGAAGAGUUGAAUCACGAUUCCAAAUGGCAAAAACAAAAUUAAUUUUAUUAAACAAAAUUCUGAAAUAAUGAAGUUACCCUGAUAUGGGCUAUGGCUGAGCUUGCUAGGAAUCCUGAAAUAAUGAAGAAUGCACAAGAAGAAGUUAGAAAUGUAGUGGGCAAUAGAGAAAGAGUGGCAAAAAGUGAUGAUGAUCUCCAUUACCUCAAGAUGGUAAUAAAAGAAACUCUAAGAUUGCAUCCCCUUGCUCCAUUGCUACUUCCAAAUGAAGUGAUUUCCAAUUUCAAGAUCAACGGUUGUGACAUUUAUCCCAAAUCACUAAUCCAUGUCAACGUUUGGGCAAUUGGAAGAGAUCCUAACUACUGGAAGGACCCUGAAGAUUUCUUUCCUGAAAGGUUUAUUGAUAGCUUCAUCGACUUCAAAGGGCAACAUUUUGAGCUCUUGCCUUUUGGAGCUAGUAGAAGAGGUUGUCCUGCACUACAUAUGGGAACUGUAUUAAUAGAACUAGCACUUGUAAAUUUGUUAUACUGUUUUGAUUGGAAAGUACCAAAUGGAGUUCACGAUAUCAACAUGGAAGAGCAAGCUCAUCCUAGUCUUACUAUAUCUAAAAUGGAACCUCUCAAACUUGUACCUAUCAGAUACCUUGCUCAGUAGCCAUCUGAGGAUAAUGUAAGCUGAUGAGCAUUUCUUGAUUAUAAAUACUCUCCAGUUCA